AUCAUCUCAUGUCUGCACAGUUUUGUUAAAUUGUUAUUGGGCGACCCUUUUGCUUAUCCAAUGAGUUUUCUGGUCAAAUGCAUAAUCUUAUUUUGCCAUGGGCUCCGACCCAGCGUUUCCUCGUAUCCUGGUGGCAAGUCCUGUGAGGGCGUGUCCUGGGGGGAUGAUGAGAGACCCAGGGGGUGACUGUCGUGCUGUGGUUGGGGGAGAGGACGACGAAAUAUGGACAGUGAGUCCGGGAGUGACAGGGGGAAACGGAGAAAUACAGGGAGGAACCUAUACGUCUGGGCCGACACAAGGUGAACAAUACAUGAAUGGUCAGCAGUAUGGCAGUAACAGCCUCUCAAGUCAGCAGAAUGGCAACAAUAGGCCUUAUAUCAGCAGCCAAUACAGCAACAAUAGACCUUAUAUCAACCAGCAGUAUGUCAACAGCAGACUUUUCAGUAGAUUUAGGCCUAGCAGCAUCUCAAGCAACACUGUCAAUCGAACGUCUACAAGGCAAAGACGUCUCAGCCGCUACAAAGCUCUUCCGCUACACAAACGAUCCCGAUCAAAAGACGUUGAUGAAAUGAAAUCAAGGAGCUAUCUCAACAAUUAACACUUUGAAGAAGACCACUUUCCUCUACCAACUUCUCUUAUGUUGAAAACUUCAGCAAGCAUCACUUAAUCAUGCAUUUAAAUUGUUCACCAAAUUAUUUGUUUUCUGAAGACUUCUAAAGUAAAUAUUUCAUCCAGUACAAA